AUGCCGACAAAAGUACCUGUAGAAGAAGAACAACGACAAUUGCACCAGUUAGAAAUGGAGAUUCAAUACCAUGAAACCAUCGAACUCACAAAAAACAACUCAUCUUAUCAGCCACCAGUUAGCAAACAAUCACAGAUGGAACCGAAACUUCCUAAGAAGCGUGGUCCGAAAAAGAAGCAGAUGACACCAUCCCGUGUUGCACGUUUCAAAGUUCGCCGUAUCAAAGCCAAUGGUCGCGAACGUGAACGUAUGAAAGGUCUAAAUGAACAACUAGAACGUCUACGCGAAACAAUCCCGUGCUUUGCUCUUUCACAAAAAUUAUCUAAAAUCGAAACACUACGUCUUGCGAAAAACUAUAUUCAAGCUUUAACACAAAUGGUAUCCAGUGAUCAAAUACCUGAUAAUACACAAUUUGCUCAAUUACUCUGUCAAGAUUUAUCACCGAAUACAAUGAACCUUGUGGCUGCAACACUUUCUCUCAAUCCGAGAAUAUUACAACAAAAUGAUACACCAUCAUCACCGACGAAUAUGACAACAUUGGAUGAAUCCUAUCUGUUGUCAUCAGUGCAUCCACGAGUGAACAAUCCAUUGGAAUUUAUCAAUUUAAAACGAGUUAAUUUAACAAGCGAAAGCGAAGAUGACACGGGAAUAUUCAGCUUCGAUCAUAGCUCGUCGUACGGUGGUGAUAGCAGUACUGACGAGAUGAAUCAAGCGAUCGAACAAACUUCGUCUUUCUCACCGAAUUUCUAUUCAAAUGAACAACCAUUUGUAUAUCCUGAUCAUUCAUUUUAUUAUUAUCCAGGACAAUAUUGUUGA